GUUCCAGGUGAUGAAACAAUCAACAUGAUCGACCUGAGUUUUCUCACAGAGGGCGAACAAGAGACAAUCCUGACUGUGUUGAAAAGAGAUGCAGAGCUGAAGAAAGCCGAGGAGCAGCGUGUACAAAACUUAAAGAAGACAUUGAGAGGCAAGAGCCAUCUCAGGUAUUUGACUGGAGAAUGGUUUUACGAGACGAAACUGCACCGCCAUCAGGAUCGCAUCCAUGGCUCUGAUAUUAUCAGAGCCUCCAUGAAGCACACAAGUAAACCACUUUAUAAAUUGAACGACAGUUUUUUCUGUGUAAAGAACAAUGAGGAGUUUCUUCAACCUCUUCUUGCUGAUGGUCAUUGGGAGCCACACAGACAAAUUGGCCAUGCAAGGUUUCAAAGCCAGAAUCCCCUUGAAAAGCGACAUAGAAAAUCAUCAUUACAACCACCCUCAAAGAAAAGGGAAAACCCAUUUAACUUUGAAGAAACCACCUGCCAUUUUGAGGAAGCAACUGAUGAAAUCAAAACAUCACACAAUGAUCUCACCAAGAACAGUGAACAGGGUGAUUACCUAACCUUGUCAGUGCCCACACUUUCAUCUGCACCUCAGCAAGACAAUUUUCUCGACUCAGCCUUUGAAGAGGCUCAUCAUUCUCACGUCACAGACUGGCCAGAAGAGAAUGUUCUUCAACCAACCACCAUCAAUUAUGUCAAGUCGAAUGGAGAAUUCAAGCCCGUGGCAAACAGUGUUUUACCAAAGCCUCGACAGUUGCUCAUUAGAAAGCAAUUAAUAGAUUCACAAAGUCUUGCCAGGUCUGCUAUCCCUCAGGAUUAUCAGCACUACCUUGGGCCCCAUGAGAAAGCCCAUAUCCCACCUUUUCAAAGUGAUGAAGUUGCUCGAGAGUCUAAGAUAAUCACUGUGGGAUACCAAGAGGACAAAGGAGACAAUCCAAUUCCCACAGGAUUGCGGAUUAUUCAAAGUAAAGAUAAAACAUGCAACCAGCAAAUGUCAACCAGGUUCAGGUGUCUGUCUCUGGAAAGUUUAAGAGGUUCUGGUGAUGAAUGUCAUCUAAUUAACUUCCACGAUCUGAAAAAAUCUCCAAGAUUCAUGUCAUCAACAAAGAGCCUGAGGGACCUAUAUCACAAAAGCAGAGAAGAAAAGAGCAACAGCAACUCAAGAGAAGAAAUUAAUCAAAGUGUGAAUGAUGUUUCCUCUUUUUCACCAUCAAUCUCUUCAAUCAAACAACAUCAAAUCAGAUCAACGUGGGUCCAAACCAGUCUGUCUUUGCCUGUCCUACAGCAGAACGAGGCAGAUAGUGACAGCCUUUUGGAGACCUCAUUUGACAGUAGAAGAAACACAGGAAGCUCCGCAUCAAACAUUAGUUUCUCCUCGGGGAUGGAUUCCAUGCCAAAUGUCAGUGACAGCAGUAGGAGUAUAUGCACUGUAGAUUUUAGUGGAGUUGAAGUCCAAGGAAGAAUACACUAUGCUGUGAGCUACAUUCAAAGACUUCAAGAAUUCCACAUAUUUGUAGUGCUCUGCAAAGACCUGGCUGCGGCUGACACCAAGAGGCACUCUGCUGAUGCGUAUGUCAAAUGUUACCUUCUCCCUGACAAAAUAAAGCUGGGAAAGAGAAAAACUAAAGUUAAAAAGCACACCCUAAACCCAACCUUCAAUGAAAUCCUUAAGUUUAAAACCAAAUUGGAGCUGUUGAAAACUCAGAGCCUUUACAUUUCUGUGUGGCACAACAACACCUUUGGUAGGAACACCUUCUUAGGUGAAGUGGACCAGGAUAUGUCAGGAUGGGACUUAAGCAACACACAGAUACAUGAAUAUACGUUAAAACCAAGGGUGUCAGGACAGACCUCAAUACCUUCCUUUUUAAGUUUGCCAGACAGCAGAGGACUGAUGAGAGUAUCAUUGAGGUUCCUACUACAAACAUCUCCCAGGAAAAAAACAUCUACAAUUGAAACCGGUGAGGUGCAAAUUUGGGUGAAAGAUUGUAAGAAUCUAACUUCAAAGAGAGGACCUACAAUGGAUCCCUUUGUCAAAUGCACUGUACUUCCUGAUGUAAGUGGCAAAAGCCAACAAAAGAGCCGUGUGGUGAAGAGAACAGCCAACCCUAUGUUUAACCACACUAUGACGUAUGACGGUUUACGACCAGAUGACCUCAGGGAAGCCUGUGUGGAGAUUACAGUGUGGAAUCACGACCGGCGAAACCCUCACUACAUUGGUGGUAUCAGACUUGGACUUGGAACAGGGAAGAGUUAUGGAAUUGAUGUGGUUUGGAUGGACUCCACGAUGGGAGAAGCUAAUUUAUGGAAGAAGAUGUUGGAGUCUGGUGGUCAAUGGGUGGAAGAUAUUUUACCACUGCGAAUGCUUGUGACCACGAAAUGAUGCUCAGAAUGAUCAUUGCAACAGAAUGUUUUGAUAACCGCAAAUAAUAUCACAAUGUUAAUGGUCCAUUACACACCAUAUGAUAAAUAUGUUAAUUGUUUUGUUUUUCAUGUCCUUGCCUAUGCUUGAUAUACGCAAGUAUGCUAAUGUAUGUUAUUGGGGUAAGAUUAAAUAAACUCUGCUUCUUCCGACAGGACUACUAUUAAGAAGUGUUGAAUUUUGUAAAUGUAACC